AUGGCGGCCCAUCGCUCGACGACCGGAGCAGCCGGUGGUGGGGAGGCGCUGCCCAGCACCCAGUGGUCGUUGAAGCGGUACGCGCGGUUCCUUGCAUCGGGUGGAGCGCCGAACUCUUGGGAGGUUUUUGAAUCCAGUCCAGAGAAGGGGUUUCUCUCCUUGAUUAUUGUGCAGUCAGGGCAUUUUCUUAUCUCUCAAGGUGGGACAACCUUGCUGGAAGGAUUUUCUCUAAUUGAAGCUCAUAAGUGGUGGAAGGCAGUACGUAGAGCAGAUUGUGUGCUCUUUGGAUCUAAAGUGAAGAAUGAAAGCCGUAUGUUUCGAGUGCAGUUCAGUGGUGAUUCAUAUGAACAAGCUAUGGAGCACUGCUCUAACUGUAUGCAAAAACUACUUGUCUAUAUACAUGUACAAAAUCCUGAAGGAAAUAAUGUGAAUCGAGCUCUAUUAUUGAGCCAGCCAACUAGCAACCAGUCUGAAAGUCUGGAGUUAGAGGUUCAGGAUACAGAGAAAGGGCAAUCAAGAAUGCAAAGCACCCUUCCUGAGCAUAGGGUGUCAAUAAAACAAGUAGCAAAGUCUAUGCUGGGAGAUAAAUCUUUUAAUCUGCCAUUGGCCUAUCAGCAUUCAGCAUUGAACACUGAAGAGUUGGGUCCUUUCUUAAAACUCUGCCUUAUGGAUCAGAGCUUCCCAGCAUUUGUGGAACAAGUGGAGCAGGAACUUAAAAAGCUCAUAGAAGAAUGACUGGCUUGACUUCUCUUGGUUCUGCAGAAGAGAAUUGCUAGAAGUUGCAUUAAUUUUUAUUAAUUCUUUUCAUGUUGGAGUUCUUCAAGCUAUAUUGAUGAUCUCUCUAUUUUGGCAUUCCCAUUCUAGAUUAUUAACUUGAUUGUGUUUUCAUUAGUAAAUGAGAUUUAAAUAAUUAUUUUAUUAGUUCACUUCUAAUGAAUUUGUCAGAUAAUUAAA